UUUCACUCUUACAUGUACAAAGUUGGUGUUUUGGAUUCAAGUUUUUGCUGCGAUGUCACUGGAUGUUUAUCAUGGAUUUUAAAGACUGAGUCACAUGUCCCGCCUCAGGACACUAUCAGAGCCCUGACACUGCUGUAAACCAAACUCUAGUGUUAUUCUCUAUAAAGACACAGCAUCCCAGCAUGGCUGCUGCCGCACUCGUCACUGAGAACUUUAAGUUUCUGUCCCUCUUCUUCAAGAGUAAAGAUGUGGUGAUCUUUAACGGUCUGAUUGCUCUGGGCACGGUGGCCAGCCAGACUGCAUACAACAUUUUUGCUUUUGACUGUCCAUGUUCCUCUGGGAGGAACUACCUUUAUGGCCUGGCUACCAUUGGUGUUCCAGCACUGGCAUUUUUCCUCAUAGGAAUAAUGAUGAACAAGAGCACAUGGGACCUGGUGUCCGAGUGCCGGCUCAGAAACUGCCGGAAGCUGUCGGGAGCCGCAGCCUUCGCGCUGCUGGGAACCAUCAUCGGCCGAGCAGUGGUGGCUCCACUAACCUGGGCAGUUAUCUCUCUGCUGCAGGGCCAGGCUUACACAUGUGCCCUCAGUGAGUUUGUUGACACCAGUACACUGGAGGGCUUCCCUUCAGAUCAAGGGUCAGAGGUCAUGGCGAAAUUCCCCUGUCAAGGAAGUGUUCCAGAGAAACUGCAAGGCUUCUGGCCUGAAAUUGAGCGACAACUGAAAUAUGAAUCUCAGCUGAUAGGCUGGCUGCUGGUGGCUGGAAUGUCUCUGAUGGUGUUCCUGAUGCUGUGUUUGAAGCGCUGCUCCUCUCCUCUUGGCUACCUGCAGGAGGACUAUUGGUCUCAGUACCACUCUAAUGAAAAGGCCCUCUUCCAACGCACGGCAACUGUCCAUGCCCGCCUCUUGGCUGCAGAGAACAUUAAGAGCUUCUUUGGCUUUGUGGCACUGGAGAAGGAAGAGAUGGAGCAGCUGGAGCACCAGAGUGUUACUCCUAUCUGCAAGACUGAUUGGAACAGAGUGACGGGUGUCUACCUCUACAGGGAGAUGAAUGGACUGCCUCUGUACAGCAGACUCAACAAAUGGGCCACUUACAAUUUGCAGCAUAACGUGGAGGCCAUGGAUAAAGAGAUGGACGUGUUCAGCUGACAGUACUCUUCUGGAAGGUGGUCCGGGCUUUGACCAUAAAGACAUCAGUAUGUGUCAAAUAACGUACUUGGUGGAUCAUUCAACAGCAUCUACAACCCUCUCCCUCCACUUGUUUCCUGUUUCAGAACUUUGUCUGUCAGUUUUUCUAAUUUACAUCACCCACACUAUUCCUGCCACUUUGCCAAAUGCUUGGAUGAUACGAGUUUGUGUGAAGCGUACUGAACCCAUUUGUCCUAAUACAACUUGCUAAACACUGAAGUCAAGCGGCACAGAAGUGAAGUCCAACCAGAGGGAUAAAAGAGCAGGCAAAGGACAUAAGGCAUGCAAUUAACCACCAGCGUUGAGUAGGGGUUUAAUAGUAUUUCACCUCCAUAACUGUGUUGGGACCAUUGUUUCUAAGUCAGAUUCUAUUCCAAUGCUAGAACAAGCAGAUCCAGAAUCAGCAUUGCCGUAUGUUGUCAUGCAUACACUAGGGAAAAUAAGCAAUGUUCUAACUUGACUUUUUAGCUUUGAGAAAAUCUGGGCUCAAGAGGUUGACACGCAUCUAAAUGUGACUGUCAUAGAUAUAUCCCCCCUCAUAUUAGUGUACAUCUGUUGUUUUUGUCAUUCUCAUAUUUUCUGAACUAAUCAUUGCCAUUUUUUGUACUUGCAUCAUGAUCCAAAAUAUAAAAUAAAAAAAAUCCA